GGAAAUUAAUAGUUUCAGUCUGUUCAGGUGUUCCGUAUCGUUUAGUUCGAUUUUCAUCAGUUGCCUUUCUUCAUUGAUUAUAUCGAAUAACGAACGCUCUAUGAAACGAAUGAUUUCGAGGAAAGAAUCAACGUAACUCAUAAAUUACGAUAGAAUUCGGUUCUCAUACUCUACAUAUCUUCGUCGCGAAAAGAUUAAAGGAAAUCUGAAGCUUUCCAAAUCUGAAAAGUUCUCGAACAUGACAACUCUUAUUAAUCAUCUCUAUACUCAGUAUCGUUAUAUUACUGAAUAUAAAACAGACCCUAGAACGGAAGAUUUUUUAUUCGUAAAACCAUUAUGGGUUAUUGGCAUCAUAGGAAUUUAUCUCCACUUUGUUUACAAAAGUGGAUCUGCAUUCAUGAAAAAGAAGAAACCUUACAAGUUGAACAAAAUCCUGCAGCUAUAUAAUAUUAUGCAAAUCAUAUUGAAUGGCUAUCUACUCGUUCAUGUCAUCUUAUCAGGAUUGAUAUGGAAGUACAAAUUUGUUUGCGAGCCUGUUGAUUAUUCGAAUAAUCAAUUUGCCCUACAGGUCGCAUCUAUAGUUUGGUUCUACUAUAUGCUCAAGAUAUUUGAUCUUUUGGACACAAUUUUCUUUAUAUUACGGAAGAAGGAGAAUCAAAUAACGUUCCUACACGUUUAUCAUCAUGCCGGGAUGAUAAUUGUUACAUGGGUAGGCACAAGAUAUUUACCUGGCGGACAUGGCGUAUUUUUAGGCUUGAUAAAUACCUUCGUCCACAUAAUUAUGUACACUCAUUAUCUGUGGACAUCAUUGAAUCUUGGCAAAGCAUGGUGGAAAAAAUACAUUACCCAAUUACAAAUAUUCCAAUUCAUUUUAAUAUUUUUACAAUUUUUAUGGGCUGUUUUGACCAAGGAUUGCGCCUAUCCGAAAGUUAUGCUUUUGCUGUUCAUACCGCACAAUAUUUUUAUGAUCGUACUUUUCACAGAUUUUUAUUAUAAGUCGUAUAUACAGAAGAAAUCAUCCCAAAUCGAUAAAAACGGCCUCUUGACUAGGACAAAUCAAAGUGGCGUAGAACUGUCGAAUGGAAGACCAAAUAUAUCCGAAAAUUUGACAAAAUCAAAAUUUUUAAGUCACAUAGAUAAGACCGAGUAUCUUGGAUUCUUUCAGGGUUGCUUCAAGAUUAUACGGAUGUUGUGCAAUCAUGAUCCUGAGGCAACUUUAACCCUGAUACAAUCCCGACGCACUCAUGCACGAUCAGUUGCUCUUCGCGAACCGAUCGAUCUAUCGUAUCGUAUCGUAGCUACGGACAAUCGACUCCGACGCACCAAGAUGACUGAUUACAAAGAAAUUUUUGAAAACAUUAAAGAUCCCAUGAUCGACACGUGGCCGUUAAUGGGUUCUCCAGGGCCGAUACUCUGCAUCGUUUUAGUAUAUUUGCUUUUUGUCAUCAAAAUUGGCCCGAAAAUAAUGGAAAAUCGUCCGGCCUUCGAACUCAAAGGCUUUUUAAUAGCGUAUAACGCGUUGUUAAUCGUAUUUAAUAUAUGGUUAACAUCCUUGGCUACAAAAAUCGAUCUCACAGCUUUGAUUCGUUCGAACGGAUGCAGAUUGCAAACUCAUCAAUUGUCCAAAGACGAAUCUUUGGAAAUGCCGGUCAAUGAACAUUCUCAAAUUUUAUCAACGGCAGCCUGGUGGUACUUCUUCGCUAAGAUUAUCGAGCUUAUAGAUACGGUAUUCUUCAUUUUGCGAAAGAAACAGAACCAACUGACUUUCCUUCACAUUUAUCAUCAUAGCGCCACGGCCUUGUUCGCAUGGUGUUAUCUCAAGCUACUUCCCGGUGAACAAGGUAUCGUCGUAGGGCUACUCAACUCUAUGGUUCACAUCGUUAUGUACUCGUAUUACUUGAUAUCCGCAUUGGGCCCAAAAUACAAAAAGUAUUUGUGGUGGAAGAAAUAUAUGACCUUGUUCCAACUGAUCCAAUUCGUUAUAAUGAUCGUUUAUCUCCUAUUAACGUUGGUAAUGGACUGCAGAAUGCCAAAAAUCUUAACUUACUGCUUCAUGACGCACGUGGUGAUCUUCAUGUACCUGUUCAGUAAUUUCUACAGGAAAGCCUACAUCAAGCAGAAACAAGUGUAAAAUAAUUCGCCAAGGAUAACGAUAGACGUAGAUAGAUAAAUAUACGCAUGUAUAUGUAUAAAUCUACUACGAUUUAAUAUUCAAGUUUCGUAAAAAGUUUUAUAAAAAGUUCCGUGUGGUAUAAAUUGGGAUCAAUGAUCCUGGGAUUAGAUUAUGAUCCUGAGGUAGGAACGGAAGAUAGGACUAUUCGCGGUCAACGAAUAAUUCGUUUUUUUUAGAUCGAUCGGUGAUAUGCUCAUUAAGAUAAAAGAAAAAGAAAGCGCAGAAAAGGUAUUUCUUUAUCUAUUAUCGCUAUUUACGAUCUCUGAGAUGUAGGUCGAUCAACAUAGAUUUACCUUCGCGACCCGAUAGCGAGACAAGAUUCAUGACGGCCAACAAACUUUUACGGCCUAUGUUUUCGUGAAAACGAUAUCAACGAUAUAUAUUAAAUAAUAAUAUACGAACUAAGAUAAUGUCGAAUUAAUGAAGAAAAAUAAAUAAAUAUAUUUCCUAUUAUUAAUUCUAAACGAU